AGCUUGAUGGUGGUAAUAAGCUAAACAAAACAGACCCAAAACAAGGCCGAGAUGGAAUUACGACUGGGAUUUAGGAUCACCCUGGUCUUGGUCAUUCUGGCCUUGACUCUUUCCAAUGAGAGAGUGGAAGCACAAAGGGCAGGAUGUAAGAAUGUCCACUAUGACUUGGCAUUUAUCCUGGAUACCUCAUCCAGUGUGGGAAAGGAGAACUUUGAGAAGAUCAGACAAUGGGUGGCCAACCUGGUAGACUCUUUCGAUGUGGCACCUGACAAGACUCGAGUAGCCGUGGUUCGCUACAGUGACACACCUGUAUCUGAGUUCAACCUGGGGAAACACAGGACCCUGGAAGAUGUGAAGCAAGCUGCUCGUAAAAUACGCUACCUGGGGGGGAAUACAAUGACUGGGGAUGCCAUCAGCUACACCACCACCAACAUCUUUACGGAGCGGAACGGAGCAAGGCCCAUUGCCAGAGGCAUUCAGAGGGUGGCCAUCCUUCUCACAGAUGGCCGAAGCCAGGAUUAUGUUCUGGAGCCCUCGAAAGCAGCUGCCAAAGCCGGUAUCAGGAUGUUUGCUGUGGGCAUCGGGGAGGCACUAAAGGAGGAGCUGGAGGAGAUUGCUGCUGAGCCAAAGAAUGCCCACGUCUUCCAUGUGACGGACUUUAAUGCCAUUGACAAGAUCAGAGGCAGGCUGAGGAGGAGGCUGUGCGAGAAUGUGCUGUGUCCAAACAUGAAGGUUCAACCUGAUCGGUUCAAGCCCAACAGCACCAGUUAUGGUCUUGAAGAGGUUCCAGGGUUCGACUUAAUGGACUACUUCAAUGUGAGGGAUAUUCUGGGAACCAGAGUUGACGAAGGCCAAAGUUCUUAUGUUCGCCUUGGAACCAUGCCCAUUGUACAGCAAACAGAGGAUGUGUUUCCUCAGGGAUUGCCAGAUGAAUAUGCCUUUGUGACAACAUUCAAAUUCAGGAAAACCUCAAGACGUGAAGAUUGGUACCUCUGGCAGGUUUUCGACAAAUAUGGAAUCCCACAGGUGUCUAUCCGUCUGGAUGGUGAGAACAAGGCGGUGGAAUACAAUGCUGUCGGACUGACAAAGGAUGCUGUCAGAGCUGUGUUCAAGAGCCCUGAAGUUGACAACCUGUUUGACCGCAACUGGCACAAGAUUGCCCUCAGCGUUGAGGCCAAGUCUGUGUCUCUGUACCUGGAUUGCAAGCACAUCCAAACUCUGCCAAUUGGAGAUAGGGAGGACAUUGAUAUCCAGGGGAAGACAGUCAUUGGGAAGAGGCUGUAUGACAGUGUGCCAAUAGAUUUUGACCUCCAGAGGAUGAUGAUCUAUUGUGAUUCCAAGCAUGCGGAACUUGAAACCUGCUGUGAUCUACCCAAUGGACCUUGCCCUAAGAAAGUUGUGACAGAGGCCCCACCUCUGCAGAUCCCCACUCCAGCACCUACAAGCGUGGAGCAGAAGAGAGGCCCUCAAGCCAACUGCUCCUCCUGUCCCCCUGGAGAGAAGGGAGAGACCGGUGCAUCUGGCGUUACAGGUCCAAAGGGUGAAAAGGGUGACACUGGCCCUCAGGGCACUAUCGGACAGACUGGCCUCAGAGGACAAAAAGGAGAAACUGGCAAAGUAAUCUCUGUCAAAGGUGGCAGGGGUGAAAAGGGUGAUUCAGGCACAUUAGGGUUGACAGGUGCUCCUGGACAAAAAGGAGAGAAGGGACUUGGUGGUGUGCCAGGCAUUGAUGGUUUACCUGGAGACAGAGGAGACAAAGGUUCAUCAGGACAGGCUGGUAAACCAGGGCUGCCAGGUCCAGCUGGACAAAAGGGAUUUCAAGGGGAUGCAGGAACUCCCGGUGCACCAGGACUGUCAGGUGUCGCUGGUGAAUCAGGUGUUAAAGGUGAAAAAGGAAGUCCAGGAGCCAGGGGACAGGCCGGUUUGGACGGAUUUCCUGGAAAACCCGGUGUUUCUGGGAAAGACGGUUUGAGAGGACAGGUUGGGGCACCCGGGGCCGGCGGAAUAAAAGGCACAAAGGGCGAGAGAGGCCUUCCUGGAUUACCUGGGGAUGUGUAUCAACAAGACGGCUUAAGGGGAGAAAAUGGAGAACCUGGACCUGCUGGGCCUCCAGGGGCUGAUGGCCUCCCAGGGCCUGCUGGUCCUCCUGGUCUUCAAGGUCUACCUGGUGAGCCUGGAGAAUUUGGCCAGAGGGGAAAGAAAGGAGAAAGCGGCUUGCCUGGAGUGGAUGGACUUCCUGGACCUCCUGGACCUCAGGGUCCGUCUGGGUCACCAGGAAACCAAGGACACACUGGACCACCUGGUCUACCUGGUGAAAUUGGAUUUUCGGGCAAACCCGGAGAGCCUGGAAAGCCUGGUCUUCCUGGUAAAGAUGGUCUGGACGGUCUUCCUGGGAAUGAUGGUGCUAUGGGGCCCAGGGGAGAGCGUGGAACAGAUGGUUUUCCUGGCAAACCCGGGCCUAAGAGUGAUGAUGGGCCUCCUGGACCAAGAGGACCUCCAGGGGAGAGAGGAGAAGCUGGUUCACCUGGACAACCAGGAGCUGAUGGAGCAAGAGGAGACAGAGGGGUUUCUGGAGAGAGAGGACAAGGUGGACCAAUUGGGCCAAAGGGUGAAAAAGGCGAUAAGGGUGAAAUAGGAGCCAGGGGACUGCCCGGUGUUCCAGGAAAUGUGGCAAAUGUCAUUCCUGAGCCUGGUGAACCUGGAAAACCUGGAGAAAAGGGAGAGAAAGGGGACCAAGGAAAACCAGGAGAAAUGGGCUCAAGAGGAUUACCUGGUGAACAAGGCUUUAAGGGACAACCUGGACUACCCGGUCCAAAAGGUGACACUGGAGGCAAAGGAGAGACAGGACGUGUUGGAGAUCCUGGCCCACCUGGCUUAGCUGGUCCUCCAGGUUCUCGUGGAUUACCAGGGAAUGUGGGCAUACCAGGAAUCAUUGGGCCUCCUGGUCCAGCUGGACAGAGAGGAGACAAGGGUGAACCAGGUAAACCAGGACAAGCAGGACCCGCAGGAUCACCCGGAGAGCCUGGUUUGACUGGACCCCCUGGACCAACAGGGAAGGGGAAAGACGGGCAAAAUGGGGAGUCAGGACCACAGGGAAUUCAAGGACCCCCAGGGCAGAAGGGUCAACCAGGGUCACGAGGAGAACCAGGUUUGCCAGGAGACAGGGGUCCUGCUGGAGAAGGCAAAAUGGGACUACCGGGAUCUCCAGGAAAUAAUGGGGAACCUGGACCAGCGGGCUUGAGGGGUCCAUCAGGAGUUGCUGGUCCUCAGGGCCCAGCAGGACAUAAUGGUCUACCUGGAAGGCCAGGAGAGAAGGGAUCACAAGGAGAACCUGGGAAGCCAGCAGACCUGUCUGACCUAAAUCUCAAAGAUGUAUGCUCAGACUGCCCUGCAGGUCCACCCGGACAACCCGGUCUUCCAGGAAUCCCAGGAGACAAAGGACACCAAGGACCUCCAGGGAAAGAUGGUCAAGACGGCUACCAAGGCCCGUCGGGACCAGCCGGACCUCAAGGGCCCCCCGGAGCCGACGGAGGAAAGGGAAUAAAAGGUGAUCGAGGACCUGCUGGAGGCCCUGGAGACAAGGGAGAAACGGGUCACCCAGGACCCCCCGGCAAUCCAGGUCCUGCUGGAAUAAUGGGCACACCUGGUAACGAUGGACAGCCUGGCCCCAUCGGUCCCCCAGGAUCCCCUGGAGAAAAGGGCAAAGAAGGUCUCAAAGGAAUCCAGGGACCACCAGGUCUUCCUGGCUUGAUAGGUCAGAUGGGAAAAAUGGGAAAAGAUGGCAGGCCAGGUGAAACAGGAGAACCUGGCAAGCAAGGUGAACCUGGACCGACAGGAAAUCCUGGGCUCAGGGGACUCCCAGGCUUUAAGGGCCACAGAGGAGAACCUGGUGCUCCAGGACCUAAGGGAGAAGAUGGAAAGUCCGGCUUACCGGGGCGUGACGGCAAAUCUGGAAAGGAGGGAUCUAAGGGACCUCCCGGACCUGAGGGAGUUAUGGGCCCGAGAGGAGAUACGGGCAAGCCAGGUGAACCAGGACCAUCAGGAAAAUCAGGUCUCCCUGGAACUCCAGGUCUUAACGGAGUCAAGGGAGAACCCGGCAACCCAGGAUUACCAGGCUUUAGUGGACCGAAAGGCCCUGCUGGUCCACCUGGUCCAAAUGGCCCAGAAGGAAAACAGGGGAUGCCAGGCAGACUUGGUGACCGUGGCAACAAAGGAGACAAGGGUGACACAGGUAUAAAGGGAGAUAAAGGACAUUCAGGAGAUCCAGGUAUGCCUGGAAACCCCGGACCUCCAGGCAGAAAGGGCCACACAGGGAUGAUGGGCAUGUCAGGACCACAAGGAGAAAUAGGAUCUCCUGGGCCACAAGGACAAUCUGGAAAUCCUGGUAUCCCAGGUCCACGGGGAGAGUCAGUAUCACUGGAGCAGAUGAGACGGCUCAUCCAGGAGGAGCUGUCUAAACAGCUGGAUGCCAAACUGGCUUACAUCGUUGCUCAGAUGCAGCCAGCCCAUGUGAAGAGUACAGCAGGUCGCCCAGGACCUCCUGGCCCGUCAGGUAAGGACGGCAGUCCUGGAAGAGCUGGCCCCCCUGGAGAGCCUGGUAUGCCUGGACAGAAUGGAGGAGAAGGACCAAGGGGUCCACUGGGUCCUAAAGGUGAUAAAGGAGAAAGGGGAGAAAAGGGAGAUACUGGUGUUGGUGACAGAGGAGAGCAAGGCCCUUCCGGUCCAAUAGGUCCAGCCGGUCUGCCUGGUUAUGGUAAAGAUGGAAGCCCAGGACAAGCCGGAGUCCAGGGAGAGCCAGGAAACCCUGGUCCCCAUGGUCAACCUGGCCCACCAGGACCUUCUGGCCAAUGUGACCCCUCACAGUGUGCCUACUACGCCAGCCUCGCACACAGACCCCAUACCAAAAACGUCAAGGGGACUUAA